AAAAAAAUCAAUCCCCACACUACACACCAACCUCCGGAGGGACCGCACACUCGUCUUGUUGUCCACACUCUCCAUCCUCACCCCCCUCUGAUAACACUUCAAAACCACUCAAAACUCUAAACCCACCCCCAAAAACUCAUCCCCCACUUCCAACCCACCCAAAAAAUGGACGUGUCCACCCAACUCUCCGGGAUGAACCCCAAGCUUCGUCACAAACUGUUGACCACGAUCCAGUCCUCCACGACCACCGCGACGACGGACCCCACUGAUAACACUGACUCAGAUGAGCACCUCCUCACCACCACCUCUGACCUCGACUACACCAACGUCGUGGUAGUGGAAGAAAUCGAACAGGUCGUCGUAGAACUACAUCAUCAUGAAAUGCAGCAUGACAUCAGUGAAAUCAUCUCUCAUGAAGAACAACAAAUGGAACAAGAAUUGAUACAAGAACAAUUAAUCGAUAUCAAACCGUCCAUCGUGACGGUGACCCCGGCGGAUUUGCUCGCUCCCACUUUUCCGUGUCCUCAUUGUCCGCGCCUGUUCAACCGCCGGAACAUGGUCACGCGUCACAUUAACGAAAUCCACAAGGUCGCCCUCCCCUUCAAGUGCGAUCUCUGCGAUAAAACCUUCUCCGUCAUCCCCUCCCUCCAGAAGCAUCUCAUGAACCACCACAACAUCGACCCAGAACCGUACAACUGCCCCACCUGCCCCGACACCUUCACCCUCCAAUCCCUCCUAGAAUCCCACAACUGCCCCUCCAAACCCAAACCUCCACCCCAAACAAAACCCCUAAAAAUAACCCCCCUAAAGAAACUCACAAAGAAAACUCCAAAAAAACCCACACCACCACCCGCUCGUCCCCCACCCAACCACCCCUGUAAAAUCUGCCAAAAAAACUUCCGCACCAAGUCCACCCUAAAACGCCACACAAACUCCCACUUCAAAUGCGGCUACUGUCGGAAAUCUGUCUCCUCCGCGGAGAACCUCUCGAAACACCUCCGGACCCACGAGGACGAUGUGGAAGAUGAGGAAAAAGAUUUCGUUUGUGGUCAGUGUGGGAAGAAAUAUUACGUGGAGGAGAAUUUCAAAAUCCAUCGCGUGUGGCACAAGGAGGAAGGAGUCAAAAAAUGGGGUUGUGCAGGGUGCGAUCAACGGUGGAAGAGUGAGGAUAAGUUUAACAAGCAUUUAGAGAAAUGUUUAGGGAAACAGUGGGAGUGUGAAAAGUGUGGGGUGGUUUUUGGUGGGGGUGCAGCGAGGAAAGGGGGGAAGAAGGCUUGGGAGAGGCAUUUGGCCGGUGGGGGGUGUGAGAAGAAAGUGGAAGUAGUGGAGGAAGAGAGUGAGGAACUGGAAAAGAUGAAGAUGGAUUUCCUUGAGAGCAGCAGCGACGAGAAACUCAUCGAUCAACCGAUUCAAUCAGAAGAAGUAGUCAUGAUUCAAGAAAGCGACGUCGUUAAUGAGGAAAAUAUUUAAUUUAUUUUACGACUGAUUUUUUUAAAUAAUAGUUUAUAAGUCUAAAUAAAGCAUUUAAUUUUUUUGCCAUACAAA